UGAGGAUUACAAGCAUUAGGGAAGCCAUGCAGGAGAGAUUCCGCGAAAGCCUUCCCGGUUCAACUCUUCAUUCCCCCCCUGCUCACACAGCAAAACAUGGAGGAUUACUAUUACCACGACGACGAGGAGGACGGCAGGCACAACGACAGCUACGACUACAGCUACGACCACUCGGUGUGCGACAAAGAGGCGGUGCGCUCCUUCGCCGGUGUCUUCCUCCCGGUCAUCUAUUCGCUGGCCCUGGUGGUGGGCUUGGCGGGCAACACCCUGGUGGUGGCGGUGUACGCGUCGCGCCGGCGCCUGCGCACCCUGACCGACGUUUGCAUCCUGAACCUGGCGGUGUCGGAUCUGCUGCUGCUGGUCACCUUGCCCUUCUGGGCGGCCGACGCCGCGCACGGCUGGAGGUUGGGCCCGGCCGCCUGCAAGCUAACGUCCUUCCUCUACGGCGCCAACUUCAGCUGCGGCAUGCUGUUCCUGGCGUGCAUCAGCGCGGACCGCUACCGCGCGGUGGCUCGCGGGAGCGGCAGGGGUCCCAGGGCGCGCCGGCAGUGGAUCCUGGUUUGCUCGGCGUUGUGGGGCGUGGCCAUCUUCCUGGGGCUGCCCGAACUCAUCUUCUCGACGGUGAAGCAUUCCCAUCACAGGACGUACUGCACCGCCGUGUACCCGCCCGGCAUGGGACGCCCCGCCAAGGCCGCUCUGGAGCUGCUGGAAAUCAUCCUUCGGUUUGCGCUCCCUUUCCUGGUCAUGGUGGCGUGCUACUGCUCGGUAGGCCGGGCCCUGUCCCGAGCACCUGGUCUGCGCAGAGACAAAAAAUGGCGGGCCCUGCGCGUCCUGCUGGCGGUGGUGGCCGUCUUCUUGCUCACGCAGCUUCCCUACAACGUGGUGAAGCUUUGCCGAGCGCUGGAUGUCAUCUACACGCUGGUGACCGACUGCGAGGUCAGCAAGGGCCUGGACCACGCCCUGCAGGUGACUGAGAGCCUGGCGCUGACCCACGCCUGCAUCAACCCGCUCCUCUACGCCUUCAUCGGGUCGUCCUUCAAGGGACACGUCCUCAAAACCGCAAAGCGUCUCGGCCAGCGACUCGGGAGUCGUCCCAGACAAGAGGACGGCGAGCCGGCGGUGGAGAUGGCGCUCAACACGCGCAAUCAGAACCAGUCGUGGUCGGCUUCGGAGGAACCGGAUACCAGCACCUUCAGCAUGUAAAGGCGCAACUAAUUUGCCAACAAUUCAGCUUUUUUUUUUUUUUAGACCUGAGAAAGGAUAAAUACUAUUUUGGUCCGAGAUAGCUGGAAGAGUGCGUUAAAGUUUUAAGACCGAGUAGUCUUAGCGAAAACAGUAAAACCCAGUCGAACAAAGCCCCGGGGUCCGGGACCGAGCCAUCGGUAGGGCGUGGCAGAAAGAGCAUACGACUACGUGAAAAGGUGACUCGUGAACUUCUGAUAGGCGGGCGUACACUGUACGCACAAACCGAUUUUGAACUCAUUCACUCCCAAAGACGUUUUUAAACGUCUUUUCAGACUUGGUCUCGAAUUGGCUGCUACUUAAUGAGUUCAUAUCUUAACUGAUUUGGAAUGUGUGGGAGACCCCCCCCACAUAAAGACGGUGGAGGGGGGUGUAUUGCGUGCUUGUGCAUGAUCAACACAGCACUCACACAAAACACUGUUGCAGUUCCGAGACUGACCACUAUGGGACCGCGUGUUAUACUGUACACACACACAGCUGCUUUUUUAUGCUUGCGGCUCACUUUUUAUUCCGAAGAGAUUGUCUGACUUGCAUCUGGCUCAGCUUGGGACGCUUAUUUACGAUUUCAACAAGAAGCGAGGUCGUCAACUUCUGUCUCUUGUUCAACAUUUAGACGAGGAUUCCCAUACAUCAAGUGUUUGCAGGCACAGGCUAACCGUUGCACUUGGUCUUAUUUGUACGUUUUGUUGAUUGAAUUAAAAAGACUAAUAUGUU